AGGGUGGAGUUGAACUCCCCUCUUUCUCGGUCACGAUUUUUGGCACACGUCAGGAUAUACCCUAGAUCAAUUCCAACGUCCUUACCCACGCGGAGUUGCCUUUCCCCCAACCAGACCCGUGCGACUCCUCUAGGAUCCUCGGCCGCUCAGUUCGCGACGGCUCCGUCGCUCUCCUCCCCCUGUCGCUAGUCCCGACCGACCCGACGAGCUCCGCCUCCACCGCCGGCUCCGACCUCGUCGUUCGGCCAAGGUCCUCACCGCCCCGCCCACCCCUGACGUCGUUUACGGACGACCUUCUCGUUGCCCCUGCCUACGUCGUCGCCGUCAGCACAGGACCCCUCUGAGCCCGUCAUCCUCGCCGUCUCCGACCUCCAAAUUUGCGAGAAUAUGCCUAAGAUAAAGACAAGCCGUGUUAAAUAUCCUGAAGGAUGGGAGCUUAUUGAGCCAACACUUCGUGAUUUGGAAGCAAAAAUGAGGGAAGCUGAAAAUGACCCACAUGAUGGGAAGAGGAAGUGUGAAGCUCUAUGGCCAAUCUUCCACAUUUCUCAUCAAAAGAGUCGCUACAUAUACGAUCUUUACUAUCGAAGGAAGGAAAUUUCGAAAGAGUUAUACGAGUUUUGCUUGGACCAAGGUUAUGCAGACCGCAAUCUGAUUGCGAAGUGGAAAAAGCCAGGUUAUGAGCGCCUUUGCUGCCUCCGCUGCAUACAAACACGAGACCACAACUUCGCAACCACUUGUGUCUGCAGGGUCCCCAAGCACCUAAGGGAAGAAAAAGUGAUAGAAUGUGUCCACUGUGGAUGUAAGGGAUGUGCCAGCGGUGAUUAAAACUUCUAUCUCGUGGUUGAAAAAUAAUAUGAAGCAGAUCGCACGAGAUAUUAUGUUUGAACUCCUAUGAAAACGAGCACCGUUUAAUCAGGUGACUUCAACUUGUGCAAUGUAUUGGUGUGGGGUGUGUGCCAGCGGUGAUCAAAGUUUCCAUCUCGUGGUCGAAAAAUGAUCUCAAACGAAUGUCUUGAGAUGUCUUGUUGUAUUUGAUCUCUGUUGAAGACAAGCACCUAUAAUAAGGUGAUUUCAGCAUCUUCAAUGUGCUGUAAAUUUCUUAGGUCCUGCUGUAUGAUGCAUUUUUCUGGCAUGGAGGAUCACAGUUUGUCUCGCUACUAAACACUACCCGGAUAAUGCAUAUCGGAUUGCUACCUUGCUAUUACUGGUA